AUGGGCUUGGAACCUUCAAAACCGAGCGUAAAAUCGUCUCAUGGAACAACAGCGUCUUAUACUCGCCAACCACGAUACCAUAUGAUACAAAACUACCUUCUUCUAUGGACAGAUAUGAGCAUCGACCAUACAAAUGAAGAUUAUGAAAAUGCAUUAAAACAAAUACGAACUAUUACUCGUGAUGUCAAUGUCUUUACGCAACGCGAUGCAUGCAUCGACUAUCUUACAGAUCUUGGAGAAGACAUCAAGUCUUUUCUCGUUGUCAAGGAUACUAUGUUUCAACAAAUAAUGCCCCUCAUCAAUGAUAUUCCUCAGCUGAAUGGUGUUUAUAUUUUCGAUGGUAUUGAAACCUUACAUGAAGAAUGGACAACAAAAUGGCAAAAAAUCAAGACCGUUCAAACCAAUAUUGAUGACUUAUGCCACGAAUUAAAAAUCGGUAUCAAUCAGUUUAAUCAUGAUUCGAUUACCAUGAGUUUUCUCACGCUAAGUGAAAUGGCUUCAACUGAUAAUUUAAAUCAAUUGGAGCCAAAUUUUAUGUAUACACAGGUAUUCAAGGAAAUUCUUCUUGAUAUGCAACAUGGUAAACAAGCCAUCAAACAGUUUAUUGCUUAUUGUAAAAAUAAUAACAGCCUAUCAUCAAUUAAUAUUAACCAUUUUGAGCAAGUAUACCAUGCUCAAUCAGCUGUUUGGUGGUAUACUUUCCCAUCCAAUAUCUAUCAUAUGCUCAAUUAUAGUCUUAGAACAUUGGAUGCUGAUGCAAUUAUUACUAUGGGUUUUUUAAUGUGUCAUCUGCAUCAACAAAUUCAACAGUUAUACGAACAGCAACUCAGCACCUAUGGUAAAGAAACAUUUAUAGUUUAUCGAGGUCAAGGUCUUAUGAAAUCAGACUUUGAAAAACUUCAGAAAGCAAAAGGUGGACUUAUCUCAUUUAACAGUUUCUUAUCGACUAGUACAAAUAAAGAAGUGUCUGUCAGUUUUGCUCGAUUUGCUUCAGCAGAACCGAAUACGGUGGGGAUUCUCUUUAUGAUGUCUAUUGAUCCCAAUGUUAAAUCAGUACCAUUUGCCUCCAUCAAAGAGGUGAGUUAUUUUAAGGAAGAAGACGAAAUUCUCUUCUCCAUGCAUACUGUCUUUCGAAUGGGUGCAAUUAAAAAAAUAGACAAUAAUAAUCAACUUUAUCAAGUUGAAUUACAACUAACAUCGAAUGAUGAUCAACAACUACGACUAAUUACUGAUCGGAUACGAGAAAAAACUGUUGGUAAUACUGGAUGGCAGAGAUUGGGUAGCUUAUUGCUACAAAUCGGUCAAUUUAAUAAAGCUGAAGAACUUUAUAAUAUAUUACUCGAACAGACAUCGGAUGAAGGUGGAAAGCAGUAUUAUUAUAAUCAGUUGGGAUCUGUCAAAUGUGGCCAGGGUGAUUAUGAAAAGGCUAUAUCGUAUUACGAAAAAGGACUUGAAAUUAAACAAAAACUUCUUCGUUCGAAACAUCCUUCAUUGGCUAAUUCGUACAACAACAUCGGUCAUGUGUAUUACAAGAUGACAAAGUACUGGAAAGCACUGUCAUUUUUCGAAAAAGCACUUGAAAAUCUACAAGAAACUUUGCCUUCAAAUCAUCUUUUAUGGACUACUUCAUACAGCUACAUCGGUAGUGUGUAUAUCCAGAUGGGAAAGUACUCAGAAGCACUUUCGUUUUUCGAAAAAGCACUUGAAAUUAAACAAAAAGCUCUUCCUUCAAAUCAUCCUGAUUUCGCGCAGUCAUACAACAACAUCGGUUUGGCGUAUGACGGUAUGGGAGAGUUCUCGAAAACAUUUUCAUUUUACGAAAAAGCACUUGAAAUUAAACAAAAAACUCUUCCUUCAAAUCAUCCUGAUUUAGCUAUUUCAUACAAAAACAUCGGUAAUGUCUAUGACAAGAUGAGCGAGUACUCAAAAGCACUUUCAUUCUACGAGAAAGUACUUGAAAUUCAACAAAAAACUCUUCCUUCAAAUCAUCUUGAUUUCGCGCAGUCAUACAACAACAUCGGUUGGGAUUAUAGAUUUAUGGAAGACUACUCGAAAGCACUCUCAUAUUAUGAACGUGCUCUGAAUAUAUACCAACAUACAUUACCUGAAACUGAUAUCAAAAUUAAACUUGUGAAGACCUAUAUUGAAGCAGUAAAAAAGAAAUUAUAA